GGAUCAUAAGUCACUGUGACUUUACAAAGUGCACAUCUUUUUCCUAUUUUUCCAAUAGUUUAAUUCUGAAGUUCUAAAGUAGCACCAUGAAUCUGUGGCUGAGGUCUCAUCUCCUGUUUGCAGUCCUGUUUCUGAGCAGCUCGGCUCUGACGCCUGAAGAAUGCCAACCGUUGGUCACACCUUUGUCCCUGGCCGACCCUUCUCUGAUGUAUGGUAAAUGGAUGUUCGUUUCUGGCUAUACUGACCAUGAUGCUAUAAAAGCCAUACUGAAUGUAACAGAUAGCUCCUGGAUCAGCAUCACAGCGUCGCCGUCCAGCCCCUCUGAAAUUGUUAUGUCCCACGACAACAAAAUGAUGGGAACCUGCUUUUUCACAACCGCGAAUGCAACCAUUGAAGGGAACACUGCAACAGUGAUGAAUCCCAACAUGACCUCAGAGUUCCAUGUGCUGCCAAGCUGCCAGGACUGUCUGCUCCUGAGUAUCAACAACACUCUUAAGAACUUCAAACAGAUGGUUCAGUUGAUGAAAGUCGACGAUUCAAAUGUGCCAGAUGAGAUCCAUGCCCGCACUUUCUACCUUUUAGGCAAAAGCCCAUUUCUGACGGCCUCGGAUUGGGAACAGUUCAAGAAGCAAACAAGCUGCCUUGGCUUUUCUGGAGAACCAGACUUUAAGGAAAUGGAUAAAGGUUUAUGUAAAGAAGGUGAAGGCAUCAGGAUGCCAUUCUCCUAAUACAUCAUUAAAUGUGAUCAGAGUGGUGCCAUCCACCUGAUGAGGAGAAUGACUGACUAAAACACAGUACCUCAUCAUAAACUGUCAUUGCACAUGUGUUUGUCCGAUUGAUGGCCUCUCAAUUAAACAUAUAUGUAACGGGAAACAAAUACCUGAGCUGAAAGUAUAAAUAAAAAAGAAUGAUUGAAAGAUGUGAAGUAUGGUUUUGGUAUUUAGUUCCUGUUUUACUUUGAAACCCCCUGUGUCUUUGGCCGUUUCCGAAAUCGCAUACUGUACUACUAGUAUGUACUGAUUUUGCCAAAAUGUAGUAUGUAUUAUGCUGUAUGUGAACAGAAGCUAAAUCUGCAGUAGUAUGCGAAAAAUACCCGAAUGUCUUACUGAUUUGGAAAAAAUCUGCAGCAUGCGGAUUUUAGACCAGUCUACCUCGCCUACUAUGUCCCAGAAUGCAAUGCCCUUGACCGGACAGUGCUUUUUUUUUUUACAAGCUUUAUUGAGAAAACACAAGUGCAAUACAAAACAUACAAAAGAAAUACAAGGAAUUGAAUUGUGGUUUGUGCACUGAACUUUGUUAAUAAUACAAUAAAAUGAAAUGCAAUAGA